AUUUUUUCGACUGCAGACAACACCAGCAUAAACAUUCAACAUGGUACAACAUCCACUUCCCGAUUCGUUGAUAUCAAUGGAUGAGGCGAUGAACUACUGGCAAAAUGUCGCUGCUAGUGUCGACGGCAUGCUGGGCGGUUUUCCCUCCGUGUCGAGGAUCGACUUACAGGGCUCGCGGUCUUUCCUAGCUAAGCUGGGGAUUGGCAAAACCCGGGUUUUGAGAGCGUUAGAAGGCGGAGCUGGAAUUGGUAGAAUCACUAAAGGCUUGCUCCUUGAUGUCGCUGAAACUGUGGAUAUCAUUGAACCCGUUGCUAAGUUCACCGCUGGUUUGGUAGAUACACCCGGUGUAGGCCAGAUUCACAACAUUGGCUUGCAGGAGUGGCAGCCGCAAGACGUGCAGUAUGAUUUGAUCUGGACACAAUGGUGCGCUGGUCAAAUACCUGAUGUUCUGCUCAUCCAAUAUCUCGAACGUUGCGCUUCUGCUUUAGCUCCUGCGGGAAUUAUUAUAGUCAAGGAGAACCUGAGUACUUCGGGAGAAGAUACAUAUGAUGAAGUUGACAGUAGUGUAACAAGGACGGAUGAGGGCUUUAGAGCAAUUUUCGAAAAGGCUGGUUUGGCGAUUGUACGAGCUGAGUUACAAAACGGAUUUCCCAAAUCAUUGCUGCCUGUUAAAAUGUACGCCUUGAAGCCAAAGGGACAAUGAGCGUUCUGUUGAAACAGCUGUUGGUUGGUUGCGCUUCCUUCAUGACCAAUCACUGGUCUAAAAUGGCGGUUGUCGCGUUUGAGCUGUUGGCUUGGCAGCACCUUUGUCGCUUCAAGAACAUUACAAAUCAACG